AUGUCCACCCCCCAACAUCUCUUCCACCUCCAACAUCGCCGCGGCGAACUUCACCUGCUCCAAACUGCUGGGGAGGCCCUCCUGUGGACUCCCGUGGAGAUGCUGCCCCAUACCCACGCGCAACAGCAUCAGAAGCCGUCGCAAAAUAAGCGCAGGCGGCGGACUACAUCCGUACCUGGUGCACGCGCAUGUCCGCACUGCGGCCGAACCUUCAAGCGUACCGAGCAUCUCGAACGUCAUAUCCGCACUCAAUACAGCCCUCGUUCCCAUGAAGGUGAUUCUCAACCCUUCAGGGUCACUGACGACCAGCGUUCCCGCCUCAUUGCUGCGACAGAGGCUUUCCGCGAUGUUCUUGAUCCUACUUUCAAAUUCCCAUCACGCCAUGCAUUGACGCGAUAUGUGACCUCCUUCUUUGAGGGGUUUCAUUCCCAUAUGCCUUUCAUCCAUGUCGCAACGUGGCGGCUAUCGGACCAUGCUUUGGAACUGAUCCUCGGGAUUGCAGCUUUGGGCAGUCAGUACUGCUUCGAACGUCGCAAUUCAGAGUCGCUAUUCCAUGCUGGCCAAGCAAUCCUCGUAGAGAGGAUACGACGCGAGGCUGGUAAAUUUGGUGCCAAGAGCCGCUCCUACCUGGGUCUCCAUGACCCCUCGCCGCUUAAAGGAGCCACGCGACCCGAGCACGUCGCACGAGACCCUUUCAAUGAGUGGGCAACCUGGGAACCCAUUGAGACGGUACGCGCUCUCGUUCUUCUCAUGGGCUAUGCUACUUGGGAACCCAAGGUCGCCCUUCUCCAAGAGGCAUUUACCUUGCAAGGACUCCUUGCUCAGGUUCUUCGUGAUCUCGGCCUCGGCGAGGAAACCCAUCCGUCCUUGACAGACGGCACCAACGGAUCCCAAGCAGUUUGGGAGGCCUGGGUACGGCAGGAAUCCGUCCGACGCACCAAGCUGAUCGCGUUCUCUUUUCUUCACAUACACAGUAUUGCAUACAACGUCUAUCCUGUUCUGCGGAGCAACGAAAUCAACCUCAGAUUGCCGUGCUCGACCAAGGAAUGGAAGGCACCCAAUGCAAUGCAGUGGCAGGCUGCUCACAGCGAGAUAUCCAAGCAGCAGCUGUUCUUUCAGCAUGCGUUGUCCUUGCUGUUGAAGAAGGCUGACGACGGCAUGGGAAUUCUGGAUCCGAUUCCAACACCACUUGGCAAUUACGUGCUCCUUCACGGGCUUCUGCAGCGCAUAUACAUUGUCAGAGACUUGUCUCUUCCCGUUAUGGAUCACUCGGCUCAGCUGCCGGCGGAAGAAGUCGAUAAGCUUGAGAGUGGACUCCGUUCGUGGACGUCCGGUUGGCAGCAGGCUCCGGAGUCAACGCUGGAUCCCAACAAUGAGAACGGACCUAUACCAUUCACCUCCAGCUCUCUGCUCGGAUUGGCAUACGUUCGAAUUUACCUACACCUAGGGCCAUACCGCCUACUCGAGACUCGCGAUCCCAGGCGUAUCGCGCGGGCCCUCGCUCAGUCCCCUGCAGUGGAGCGAAGCGAUGGAGUUGUCACGGCUCUGUUGUAUUCUACACACAUGCUAAGUAUCCCGGUCCGCCUCGGCGUAGAUCGUGUCGCACGCAGUCAGGCCUUUUUUUGGAGUGUCAGACAUUCGCUUUCAGGCUUAGAGUGUGCAGUCCUACUGAGCAAGUGGUUGUUCUCGUUGACCGAGACCCUAGCCGCGACCCCUUUGACAGACAGCGAGGAUCGCAUUCUACAUUGGGUCUGGUGCAUCGUCGACGAAGCAUGCAUGUCAGUCGACUUUGUGGCUGAGGAGUACAACGGAGCCAUCGAAAGAGAACCGCGCAGCCUGGGACUGGCCGUGCUCAUGAUAUGGGCGCACUUUUUCAAAAGCAACACUCAAUGGCCUUUCAUCAACGUAAUGGGGCAGGCUCUUCAGGAGUAUCGUAAGCUCGUAUCAGGAUGA